UUGCAGUACACACAGAGCAGAACACUGCAAUGGAAAAUUGAGUCCGAUAGCAUCUAGCCUCAGCUUCCCUAUUCUGCAAGAAGUGUUUCAGCUGAGAUAAUAGUCAGUUUAAAGGAAGUCUCAAAGACAGAAGUGAGGCAGCAGCAGGUAGGGAGAAGUUUAGCCAGGGUCUGGUCCAGCUGGAGGAUGGGGAACAUGAUGCGAGGCAUGAGUGCCAAGAACAAGGUCAGCACGGAAAAUGUUGACAGUUCUCAAAAAGCUGUAUUAGGGGAGGAUAUGGUGGUGGUGCUCCAGGACUACCCAUCUGCUGAAAUCAGCGAGCCCAUCUACAGGAUGGGGGAGAAGCUUCGAGUCAUUACGCAGGAGUCUUACUGGUGGAGAGUUUGCUCCAUCCAAACAGGAAAGGAGAACUACAUACCCAACAGCCAUGUGGCGAAAGUCUAUCACGGCUGGCUGUUCGAGGGGGUGGAGAGGCAGAAGGCCGAGGAGCUGCUGCUUCUGCCUUGUAACCGAGUGGGCUCCUUUCUGGUGCGUGAGAGUUCCAGAGAGAGGGGUCUGUAUUCGCUGUCAGUGAAGCACAGGAUCAUAAAGCACUAUCGUAUCUUCAGGCUGGAUAACAGCUGGUACUACAUCUCUCCUCGGCUUACUUUCCAGUGCCUCGAAGAUAUGAUCAACCACUACUCUGACUCUGCAGACGGCCUGUGUUGUGCAUUAACCUCUCCCUGUUUAUCUGGUGUGAGCGUGCCAACAGAUACAGCUCCACCGGUCGUCAUGCGCCGUAACUUUGACUGGAAGAAAGUGGACAGAACACAGCUGGUCAGCACAGACAGCGGCAGUGACAACAUGGUGAGUUACGGCGUCAGGAACAGCAUUGCCGCCUACCUGUCUUUUUCUGGAACUGAAGACCCUGCGUCAUCACGAGCAGCGAGCAGGAAUAAAAAGAGUAAAUCAGUAUAUACUGUCCCAGAAAACCACCACGGAAACAUGGACUAUGAAGAUGACUUCUGAGGAACACACAGAGACUUGAAUAUUUUCAAGAAGACGGACAUUGUUCUCUGAAAUCUACCACAUCUUAACAUCUGCGUUGACUGUUCCACUUCUCAAACACUGGCUGAAGUUGAGGGCUGGGUGAAGAAAAUGAUAUGAUGAGGAAGAACAAUUCUGUUAGUAAUAAUAAUUAUCACGAUAAAUACCAAAUCACAACUUCUUUCAAGUUUAAAGGUUGAUUUUUGGGGCCGAGUGAAUUUUUUUUUUUUUUUUUUUUUUUUUUUUUUGUGGUUUUAAAAUGUUUGAUGUUCAGUAUGUGACAAACACUAUACAAAAAAAAGAUGUAUUAUUCAAAAUGAUUUAAAUAAGUUAAAAAAAAAAACUAAACAUAUAGUAGACACUACCUGCGUUUCCAAAAAAUGUCCAGCAAAUUUUAAACAGACUUUUGAGAAAUCACAACAAAAGUAAAACAUACACUACAAACAAAAAGUUAAGAAUAUUUUAAAUUUUUGGCCUAUUUUUUUCAGUUGGGAUUCUUGCACUUUUUAUUUUUUUGUGUGUGAACUGAAUUGAAACACAUUUUUUAAUGACCAGACAUAGUUUUAUUUACAAAUGGCAACAAUGCAAAAAAAAUUACAAAAAAAAAAAAUUAAUAUCCUUAACUUUUUUGUUUGAAGAGUACAAAAUAUGACUUAGAUUUGCACCUUCAGUAGCUGGUUUGGAACUAAUAAAUUAGACUGUAUAAUGUUCUCAGAGGGUAGCUUCACAUUUACCGUACUUUCUGGACUAUAAACCGCACUCACCCCGUCUCCAACGUCUCACCAUCACUUCAUUGAUGCCAAACUUACGUGCAGCAGCUCUAUUUCCUUCUUUGUCAGCAGGAUCGAUUGUUAGCGUAGAAUACGUAAAUUAGCCGUAUCAUUUUAGAGCCGUGGGUUCACAGUGUGUGGAAAAAAGUAGCGGCUUAUAGACCGGAAAUUACGAUACAUCACAGAUGGCUCCAAUAAACAGGGUAGAAGAUGCAGGACAUAAAGUAUUGCCAUUUCCCAUUAUGCAAAAAUGACAAACAGGAGGAAGAUUUUUUUUUCCCUUUUGACUUCUUUUUUCCUUUUGACUUUUUUUUUCCAUAAAUAAUGCGAAAUGACGCUCAAAUGCUAGACUUCUGCAAAAAUUCUCAUCAUUGUUUCAUCACCCAGCCCUGUUUCUGAGUCUCAGUUGUGAGCACUUUGAAGUAUUGUAACAGUAACAUAGGCAGUAUUGACCCCACUGUGGUACAUGUACACUUUGAGUUACGGAACAGAGAGAACUACGUGAGAUAAGUGGACAACAGUAAAGCGUGUGUAUUCAGCACACGAGCCAUAUAAACAAACAGCCGGGCAUUAUGAUAUAUACAAUUCAAUGAAGACUGGAAUACUAUGUGGAUUUUCUGGGUAAUGCUGUUACAUGUAUGUGAUUAUUGGUGGCUUUCAAACUAUUUCAUGUGUUUUAAUUUAAGGUUGUAUGUUGCAUUGGUUACACUGGAACAACAACUAAUGUCUUUGUAUUAUACUAGGUCUAUGUUAAGUAUCUUAACGAAUAUCUCACUGUGACAUUU